UACCGCUACACUCUCACUCAUCUCUCAGAGUCGGUGAUCUCGUUCUCGCUAGUUUCUUUAGUUUAGCCAAACGCGGUUGUUGGAGGCUUGUGACAUCCUUGUCUGUUCUAAACCGAAGUAGAAAUCCGGCUAAGACAGCUAAAAAGAUCGACGUCAGACGCUGAUCACCUCAUUCAAUUGACAGAAGCCUUUCGUCUAGUGGAUGCCUCUCGGAACAUUUCCCAGUCUGUGGCAUGGAGGAAGCCAGUCAAGAUGCAUUUGACAGAGCCAGGCUACAGGUGAUCAAAGAUGGUUAUGAAAGGGCCUUUGAGUGCAUCAACAAGGGCCUCACAGAGGAUGAGGCUGGCCACAAGACCCAGGCCCUGGCCCAAUACAGACAGGGGCGCCAGCACCUCCUUAGAGCCAUCAGUGUGCCCUCGCAGGGGAUUGAGUGUGUGGGCAGCUCCUGGGAGUCAGCCCGCCAGAUGCAGGACAAGAUGCAGGAGACUCUGAACAACAUCACUACCAGGUUGGCGAUCCUAGAGACCAGCGCAGGCCCUGAGCAACCACCACCUCCAGAUGAGUCUAAUGGAGUCCCAGGGACAUCCUCUAACCUCUACCCCAGACUUGAAAAGGAGAAACCAGCGCGGCCAUCCCCACCCAAGUUGCAGAUGACUGCCGAUCAGGCUGUAGCUGUGGGAGCCUGUGUGUCUGCCUCUCAGCUUCUGUCUCCCACUGCAGUGCGGAGCGAGCUGCCCCCUGCCUACUCGUACCAAGCUGCAGAUGGCCACCUCUCUAUCUCCUAUGGCACAGAGUCUGGAGAGAUGUCGCUGGUGGGAGAUGAGUUCUACAGCCAGAUGUCCCCCUCUUCCUCCUCUCCUUCGAGUAUGGGGGAGGAUGGAGAGGAACUGUUCUUCCUGCCUCACGGGGUUCAGAUAUUCUUUGUCACUCCGGACGGACAAGUCAGUGCCCCCUCCUACCCAGGCUACCUGCGGAUGGUCAAGUUCACUGGCCAGCGGCAUGAGAGAGUGCCCAACCGCCCCCCAGCCUUCCUACAGGUUUGUGAUUGGUUGUAUCCAUUGAUGGCCACUGACUCCCCCGUCCUGCUGUGUAACACAGGAGUGUUUAUGUUCCCGGACAUGAUGGCGUCUGCUCCAGGGUACUAUGUAGGUGUUGUGCUAUCCUCUGAGCUGCCUGCAGCCGACCGCCAACUGUUCCAAGACCUGCUGUCCCAGAUGACAGACCUCAGGGUGCAGGCUCCAGAUGGGACAGCAGACAACAUCAACCUGAGCCAGAAGGUACCCAUCGCUCCCCCUGAGGAAGAGGCCCCAGCAGCAGGAGCUGAAGAUGAGAAGAACCUGCCGGAGUGGAGCGAGAAGGUGGCCGGUGGCAUCCUUACAGGGGCAUCAUGGUUGAGUUGGGGCCUGGUGAAGGGGGCUGAGUUCACUGGCAUAGCCAUUCAAAAGGGGGCGUCCAAACUGCGAGAGCACAUCACCCCAGAAGACAAGCCAACUCACGUCAGCCCCACUGUCACCAAGGGACUGCAUGUAGCCAAACAGGCCACCGGGGGUGCUGUCCGUGUCAGCCAGUUCCUGGUGGACGGUGUAUGUACGGUAGCAGGGUGUGUGGGUAGGGAGCUUGCACCCCACGUGAAGAAACAUGGAAGCAAGUUGAUCCCGGAGUCCAUGAAGAAAGACAAAGAUGGACGAUCCAACAUUGAUGGAGCCAUGGUGGUGGCGGCCAGCGGUGUUCAAGGCUUUGCUACCAUGUGGACUGGCUUGGAAGUAGCUGCAAAGAACAUCACCGUCUCUGUGGCCUCAGAAACUGUCUCCACUGUCAAGCAUAAGUAUGGGGCGGCAGCUGGCCAGGCCACAGACCAUGCUGUGAACUCCGCCAUUAACAUGGGUGUCACUGCCUUCAACAUUGACAACCUGGGCGUCAAAGCUGUGGUGAAGAAGACUGGAAAACAGACGGCUGUGGCCAUCCUGGAGGACUACAAUCUUCAUGGCCCUACCACUAACCAGAACCAAGUUGAGAAACGGGGCAAAUAGGCCCACCCAGGAACAGCUCCCGGUUGGCAGCCUUUUCCUUAUGUAGUGCACUAAUGUAGUUGACCAAAGAAUAAUUAAGAGAAGAGUGCGCCAUUUGGCGCACAUCAACCACUCUCUGUGACCCCCAGGCCUCUACCCACUGAGCACAGGUGAAGAUAUGAGAGGAAGGGGUAGGUGUAAGCAAAGAUUUGGCCUAGUCGUUCAUUGGGAAAGGCUGAGGUACUAUCAGAUUUAUGAACCAUAUUGAGAUCUUCCCAAGUGCCUAGAGAGCGGAGGCUAGGUCUGUGCCCCAAAAGAUACUCUAUUUACAAUGAGGGGCACUUCAGUUGUGGCCAAUAUAUUGUUGCCCUUUUUUUCUUCUUUUUUUUUUCACAAUUCUUAAAAAAAAAUUGUGAAAUUAAGGUGUUGGCUUUCACAUCUUGUUAUUGAAUGUUCAACAAGGCUGGACCAAAACAAAAAAUCUAAUUUAGUUUAGAGAGUGAGACAGAUAAAUGGCAUUAUCUGUCUGGUACUAGUUAUCUGGCAAAACUAGUACCAUUACUUGUUUGCAUAGCCUUUGCCCAAGAUAUCUUCUAUAACAAAGGCUUCUGCACCUUUCAUAUUUGAAACAUGUCCAUUACCUAUGUGUUAGAAUGCCAAAGUUAGUGGACCACUCAAACAUUGAAGAAUUAGAAAAGGCUACUGCUGGAGCGUGGUGCACAUUUCCAAUGAGAAUGUGCAGCACUGUAAACAAUGGCUAGAAAAAACAUUCAUCUGCAGUAAUCAAGUACUAGUUUCCAUGCCGUUUUCUUUAUUUUCUAAAUGGAAAUUGCUAACCUAAGUUUAUAGUAAUUAAAUUAGUUCUGCAAAUGUAAAUCACAGUGUUAUCCAAUUGCAACCAACAUGUACAGAAUUAUUUAAGAAAACCAUGGGUGCCAACAUAUUUGGCCGCAACAGGAGCUCUAGUAUUAGGGUACCGUUUGAAAUAAAUCCCAUGUCCUCUUUCCUUUAUAGCCUUAAUUAACACAUUAUAUGUAUUUUAAGAAAUCAAUCUAUAUUUAAAUGCUUUAUUUACAGUACAUAUUUUAUAUUUGCAUACUAGUUGACUGGUGUAUAUAUGUGCGUGUUACUAGGCUUUAUAUAACUGUUGAGCACUUUAAUUUUGAUAAAUAGUAUGUAGACAUUGUUAUAAAUAUAAUAACUCAGAUGAAAUAUGGUAGGUAGGUAGGCUGAUUUAUUAAUUGCUAAAUUAUAUGUGUGCAAUGCUGAUAAGAUCAGACACUGGAAGUCAAGUUAAUUAUAAAUAUAAACUGUGAACAGGGUUGUUGUAAAAAAGAAUUCACAUGGAAAUGGUUAUGUCUGUUUCAAGCAGUAGUAUUAAAGUCGGUUCACUCUUUGCAGAAACAGAGUAAUGUUUUCAGACAUAGUGGUACAUACUUUUUGGGUCUGAUUUUGUAACAGGCUAUCGCUGUUUGCUUAAGAAGUUUAGUGGCCUUCAGCAAAUAUUAAGGUAAAGGUGUAUUAGUAAUAUCUUUAGAAAUUCUGGUUGGAGGAAUCUGGAUUUUUUGUUUAUUUCUGUGGCUCAUCUAGCCCCAAUCCAUAACCCGGGGCUCAGAGAGUUAUUACUUCCUGAUUCAUCAUGAAAAGUUAGCAGAAUUUACAAACCUUUAAAUGGAAGUAAAGGUGUAUUGGGGUUUCUUGUAAUGAAAAUUUGUGGCAGUGCUUGUGCUUUGUCUUACUCAGACGUUGUGUACUGGGCUGUCGCCAGGAAUCCUGAGCCCCCUGAGAAUAUAAAUGCCUGGGCCCCCUGCACUUAUAGACCUCAUUGACAUUAUUAUGAUCAGGGUCCCAUGGCUUGGCAUAUAGAUUUUGGCAAGCUACACUAAUAAACAAGUUAGCCAGAAGUUUAACUUGCUAUGACACUAAUUUGUAAAUGCAGUUAGCUAACACUUGGACUUGUCAAACUGUCAGAGUAGCUAGACGUCCAAAAAAUUUGUGACGGCCAAUAAAGCACGUGGCUAGGAAUCUGAUUUGCAUCCUAUUCAACAGCUGUUGAUUUCAUAUAAAUUGUGGGUUUUGCCUGUUCAGACCACAGGAAAUAAUUUUAUUUCAGACACAUGAUUUCAGCCUUUUCGGUGGGAACAGGUCUUAAGUAUGCCUUAAAGUACUCCGUACCUACAGUAUGCUUAAUUCAUCGUAGAGCUAUGAUUUCACCUGACAGCUCUGUUGACCAUAAUAUCAGAGUACAUUUUAACACUGUGACAAAAAUUUAUUAAAGGACAUACAGUACAUGGUUAACAUUAUUGACCAAGUGUUUAUUAAUCCGUUUUUAAGGAUGCCAUCUGAAACAUGGUCAAAGUAAAGAUACAGACGGUUAGUUAACCAAAGAAGUUGACAGGGCACAAUUUUAGUUAAGUUGAAGGCUUUGAGUGUAAUGUCUGUUUAGUGUACACAUGUUUAACAUGUUACUUGUAAUGCUGUCUACCAUUAACUGUCUACCUUGGGCUGAUCUGGAAUUUUACUAUUGUCCAGUAAUAUUUGCCCUUUUGAAGGCAAACUGUGUGUUAUUGAAGUAUCUUGCAAGCAUUGAAUAUGUAUCAGCAUUCUUAUAACGUAAUCUUCCAAAUAAUUUGGUAUUUCUUUGGCCCAAAAUGAACACAUGGUCAUGUGUGUUUGUGAUAAGCUAAAUAUCUAAGUAGGCUAAUAAAAAUCUGUUCCAAAA